CCACACCGCCGCCGCGCCCGCGGGCAAGGAAAAGUUGAUAUUUACUUUUGUCUGGUUUUGGGGCUGUAAAACGCAGGACACCACACUGCAGUCUAAAUUCACAUUUCAAAGGGCUGACAUAAAACGCUCAUUAAUGGAAGGCUGGAUUUUGCAAACAACGCCUAGAAUGUUUCCUAAAUAUUUUGUGGAAUGUUUAGGGAGACUUUAACACGUUAUUAAAAAAAAAAAAAAAUCUGACAAGUAUCCCAUUUUCGAGCUAUGAAUCAUGCGCAAGAGCACAAGAACUUAGGAGAUGUGUGUGACUAACAUUAGCGGGAACAGCUCUCCUCGAAAAAAAUCGACCCCGCUUUUAAUCACAGGAAACGUUGGGGUGUUUCUCCGGGCGAUCAAACCCUCGGGUUCUCAGGGUCUAAAUACUAGAUGAUGUGGGUGAAAAAAAUCACGGAGAGAAUAAAGGCUGGGCAGCUACCGAAGAGCACUCCAGAGAUGCUAACGACAAAGGAUUUAUCUUCGUUUAAAUGGUUGCCAUCAGCGUCAUUAUUACUAGCAAAGUUAUCACUGAAGGGAGACUUUCCGACUGUCACGUCUGCCGAGCGUGGUAGCCCGUGUCCCCUGCAGCUCCCAGACGCUGCACUCCACAUCACCCGGAAAAGAGCGGAGGGAUGAGCUAACCGAGCCACAGAGGCCAAACCCCAGAGCAAUUCAAGCAAGAUCUGAUCAAGCAAAGGACAAGAGCUUUACUCCUCACUUCUUGUCUUUCUUUCUUUCCACCUGGAUAUAUUUGUCUGCUCAGAAGCCGCCUUCAUUAUCCACUGACAGGAGCUUGUAUUUAUUUGCUUAUAAACCUGUUACAAUAAAUGAUUAUUCGAACAGCGUCAUUCGUACCUUAAUGACGAGCACUACUUUUUGAUGAAUGACAUUUCGGGCUAGAAAGGAUGUAUGGGUCAUUUUGACCAGUCAUUCCCUCGCUUUGGCAUCCCACAAUUUUUACGCCUCCCUCAAAAAGAGAUAAUAAUAUUUAGAGACACUUGCCGGGCUGAAUGUGAAUUAGCCCCUGCUGCAGCUCAUCAUUAGUACAGGACCAGCCCUGCAACUUUGACAUUUUUUAUAAAGCUGAGAUGAUGGAAAGAAUAAGAAAAGAGAUGAUCCUGAUGGAGAGAGGGCUGCACAGCCCUACAGCUGGCAAAAGGCUCUCGAAUUUGUCAGACUCAGCUGGAAAUGCGGUGCUGGAGGCCCUUGAAAAUUCUCAGCACAGUGGUCGCCUCAGCCCGAGACUAACUUCCGCCUCCCUGCACAGCGCGAUAGGGGACAUCUCCGCCAAAGAAUUCGAAAUAGACACUUUAUUCAAUCUUCAGCACCCGAGCAGCGAAAGCGCCGUCUCGUCCGAAAUCCCGCCGUCGGAAAGCAGGAAGAAAUCAGUUUAUUCGGAAGUUGCUCAAGAGGCAGAUAUGAACAGUGAUGUGGAGGUGGGCUGCUCCGCACUCCGCUCCCCGGCCAGCCUGACUUCCUCCCAGCUGAAGGAAAACAGUAACAAAGGCUACGCGGAGAGCAGCCCCGCGCCCAGCGCCCCCGCCGCCGCCGCCGCCGCCCCCGCCGCCGGCCUGGGCAGCCUGCACAGCACCAGCGCGCUGGGCGGCUCGGCGGCGGGGGCCGACCAGGUGCGGCGGUACCGCACCGCCUUCACCCGCGAGCAGAUCGCCCGCCUGGAGAAGGAGUUUUACCGGGAGAACUACGUGUCGCGGCCGCGGCGCUGCGAGCUGGCCGCCGCCCUCAACCUCCCCGAGACCACCAUCAAGGUGUGGUUCCAGAACCGGCGCAUGAAGGACAAGCGGCAGCGCCUGGCCAUGUCGUGGCCCCACCCGGCCGACCCCAGCUUCUACACCUACAUGAUGACCCACGCGGCCGCCACGGGCAGCCUGCCCUACCCCUUCCACUCGCACGUCCCGCUCCACUACUACCCGCACGUCGGGGUCACCGCCGCCGCCGCCGCUGCCGCCGCCUCGGGCGCCGCCGCCGCGCCCUUCGCCACCUCCAUCCGCCCGCUGGACACCUUCCGCGCCCUCUCGCACCCCUACUCGCGCCCGGAGCUGCUCUGCAGCUUCCGACACCCCGGCCUCUACCAGGCGCCGGCCGCCGCCGCCGCCGGCCUCAACAGCAGCGCGGCCGCCUCGGCGGCGGCGGCGGCGGCGGCGGCUGCGGCGGCGGCGGCGGGGUCGGGGCCGCCGGGGGGCUCGGCGCCCUGCUCCUGCCUCAGCUGCCACAGCAGCCAGACGGCGGCGGCGGCGGCGGCGGCGGCCUCGGCGCUGGGCUCGCGGGGCGCCGCCGCCACCGACUUCCCGUGCACCGCGGCCGCGCAGCGCUCCGAAAGCGGCUUCCUGCCCUACUCGGCCGCCGUGCUCAGCAAGGCCGCCGUCGCCUCGCCGGACCAGCGGGAGGAGGCGCCGCUCACCAGAUAA